CAACGAUUUAACAAAAAUGUCAAAAAAAUUAUUCAGAUUUCGGAAAUGGCCGAAUGAUACUAGUAGUUUUGCCCAAUAUUUUUUAUCAUGCCAAAAUGAAUUAAAAUAUACUACCAAAUCCAGCAUUCCAUGAUCCAUGAAUGUAACCUGCAUCCAUUUGGCGCUUUUUCGUUUUAAAAAAAAAUUAUAUAUUUAUUCGUUAAUGUUUAAUUCGGACACGGAAAGUAUGGAAAAAAUCGUCUCCACAGCGGCGCGUUUAACGCGACCGUUCACUGUCGUCGUAGAGGGAAACAUCGGCAGCGGAAAAACGUCUUUUCUGAACCACUUCAGCAAACACAAGGACGUAAUGGUUCUUACGGAACCAGUCAAUUUGUGGAGGAAUUGUAACGGCCACAACUUAUUGGGUUUAAUGUAUGAAAAUCCUGUCAAAUGGAGUUUUACGUUUCAAUCUUACGUCCAGUUGACGAUGCUUCAGAAUCACCAGAAACGCACGCAUUUGCCGGUGAAACUCAUGGAACGGUCGAUCUUUAGUGCCAGAUAUUGCUUUGUCGAGAAACUUGCGAGGGAUGGAUUACUUCCCAAACCCUCAGCGGCGGUGAUCGACAAAUGGUUCCGUUGGGUUUUACACAACGCCGACGUAGACGUAGAUCUCGUGGUUUAUUUGAGGACCUCACCGGAAACCGCCUAUGAGCGGAUAUUAAAACGCAAUCGAUCAGAAGAAGAAACCAUAAGCUUCGACUAUGUCAAAUCAUUGCACGAAAUCCACGAACAGUGGUUAUACCGGAAAACGUUGUGGGAGUGUCCUGCUCCGACGUUAGUACUCGACGCUGAUCUGGAUAUGUCGGUUAUAAUAUCAGAGUAUGACAAGUGUGAGCCUUUCAUUUUGAACAAGGUUUCAGUUCCCUUAGAGGCUCGGGCCAUGUAAUUAUUGAAUCUUUUCCUCAUUUUAUGUUACCCCAAGGAUACUACUUGAUUUUUGCAUUUACAAAACGGUGUUGUCUUCACUUACUGAGAAAGAAAUGCAUUUAACACCUGUGAUCCGCGGUCAGCUUCGCGUUUUUAUAGUACUGUAAUGAUUUUGUUUUGAGAAAUAAAUUUGUAAUUCGGUUGG